GUCAAAAUUGCCAAAACUGCCUUACCAUAGGGGAGUUGCAGUCGCUUAAUUCGUUAUAUUUUAUUAGAUCGGAAAUUCACAACGAACAACUAUUUUAUUGGCUCAAAAUCAUAAAGAUCCAUGUGGCGAUAAUCAGUAAAAUUUUCAAAGCUCUUCUUCGUUAAUUGUGUUACUAUUAUAAGUCCCGCAACCAUGGCUCACUGUAUGAGAGUUUUGCAUGGCCAGGGUAGCAGGACUAAAGGGGUGCUGUUGGAGAUUCAGCAAAGAUGCUUCAGCGUGUCUCCCCUCACUGCGGCAGCAGCUCAGGUGGCGAUGUCGAAGUUCGACAAAGCUCCGUUGCCGUACGAGAAGCUAUCACAGAACCUGGAGGUGGUCAAGAAGAGGUUAGGCCGUGAAAUGACCUUGUCAGAGAAGGUUCUCUACUCACAUUUGGAUGACCCUAAGGGACAGUUGGAGCGCUGCUCUAAUGAAAUCGAACGUGGCACCAGCUACCUUCGGCUGCGGCCUGACCGCGUCGCCAUGCAGGACGCCACAGCCCAGAUGGCCAUGUUGCAGUUCAUAUCAUCAGGACUACCCCGAGUAGCUGUACCCUCCACCAUUCACUGUGAUCACUUGAUCGAAGCUCAAGUAGGUGGUGAAAAGGAUUUGGCUCGGGCUAAGGACCUCAACAAAGAAGUAUACAAGUUCUUAGAAACUGCCGGGGCUAAAUACGGUGUGGGUUUCUGGAAGCCCGGCUCCGGCAUCAUUCACCAAAUCAUCCUGGAGAACUACGCUUUCCCCGGCCUGCUCAUGAUUGGUACUGACUCCCACACACCCAACGGUGGGGGUCUUGGCGGUCUUUGCAUUGGUGUUGGUGGUGCCGAUGCUGUGGACGUGAUGGCAGACAUUCCAUGGGAGCUGAAGUGCCCGAAGGUGAUUGGUGUUAAACUGACUGGUCAAAUGAAAGGCUGGACGAGUCCCAAGGACGUGAUCCUCAAAGUGGCUGGCAUCCUAACUGUGAAGGGUGGUACUGGAGCUAUAGUGGAGUACCACGGACCCGGUGUGGACUCCAUCUCCUGCACCGGCAUGGCCACCAUUUGCAACAUGGGCGCUGAGAUCGGCGCUACCACCAGCGUGUUCCCAUACAACGCUCGCAUGGAGGCCUACCUGAAAUCCACCGGCCGCGAGAAGAUUGCUUCCUUCGCCAAUAACUUCAAGCACUUGCUCACGCCCGACGCAAAAGCACCUUACGACGAGGUGGUUGAAAUCGACCUCAGCACCUUGGAGCCCCACGUGAACGGUCCAUUCACACCAGAUCUGGCGAACCCCAUCUCCAAGCUGGGCGAGGAGGCCAAGAAGAACAACUGGCCGCUGGACAUCAAAGUCGGCCUCAUCGGAUCUUGCACCAACUCGUCAUACGAAGACAUGGGUCGCUGCGCCAGCAUUGUUAAAGAAGCACUGAGUCACGGAGUGAAGUCGAAGAUCCCGUUCAACGUGACGCCGGGCUCUGAGCAGAUCCGCGCCACCAUCGAGAGGGACGGCAUCGCCAAGACGCUCAGGGAUUUCGGAGGCACCGUGCUAGCCAACGCGUGCGGGCCCUGCAUCGGCCAAUGGGACCGCAAGGACGUGAAGAAGGGAGAGAAGAACACGAUCGUGACGUCAUACAACCGCAACUUCACCGGCAGGAACGACGCCAACCCCGCCACACACUGCUUCGUCACCAGCCCGGAGCUCGUCACUGCUCUGUCUCUCGCUGGUCGCCUGGACUUCAACCCCCUGAAGGACGAGCUGACGGGGGCGGACGGCAAGAAGUUCAAGCUGUCCGACCCGUUCGGGGACGAGCUGCCGUCCAAGGGCUUCGACCCCGGCCAGGACACCUACGAGCACCCCCCGGCCGACGGCAGCAAUGUGAAAGUGGACGUGUCCCCCAGCUCAGACCGGCUCCAGCUUCUGUCGCCGUUCGACAAGUGGGACGGCAAGGACCUCACCGACCUCACGAUCCUGAUCAAGGUCAAGGGCAAGUGCACCACAGACCACAUCUCCGCCGCCGGACCCUGGCUGAAGUACAGAGGACAUCUGGACAACAUCUCCAACAAUAUGUUCAUCACUGCGACAAAUGCGGAGAACGGUGAGCUGAACAAAGUGCGCAAUCAGCUGACGGGCGAGUUCGGCCCCGUGCCGGGCACGGCGCGGGCGUACAAGGCGGCCGGCACCCGCUGGUGCGUGGUCGGCGACGAGAACUACGGCGAGGGCUCCUCCCGCGAGCACGCGGCGCUCGAGCCCCGCCAUCUUGGCGGAAGGGCCAUCAUUGUCAAGUCCUUCGCCAGAAUCCACGAGACCAACCUGAAGAAGCAGGGUAUGCUGCCCCUGACGUUCGCGAACGCUACAGACUACGACAAGAUCCGCCCCGACGACAAGAUCAGCCUCCUCGGACUCAAAGACCUCGCGCCCGGCAAGCCAGUGGACUGCGAAAUCAAACACAAAGAUGGCAACACAGAACGCAUCAAGCUGAACCACUCCUUGAACGAGCAGCAGAUCACGUGGUUCAGAGCUGGCUCCGCACUCAACAGGAUGAAGGAAAUCGCCGCCGGCAAAUGAACAAUUUGCGCGAACUUAGCAUAAAAAACUUGCACUGGGCUUCCCUACUUUAGGGUAAAUUUUAGACAUGUAGCAACAUUGAUUCGUGAAAUUCGAAAAUAGAAAGUGGUGCUAUCGUAUGUCAGCAAAAUUGCGCAAACUUGUCGCGUUUUUGUAACUAUUAAAAUCAAGCUGCGCUUCCGCGCUUGGUUAGUUUGAAAAAUUCAAAUACAGCCAGUGCAAGUAGUUACCUUUUUUUUAAAAUCUCUAUAGAGUAUUUUGUAUUCUCUUUCGGACAAUACGGCGGUGAAUCUUAUAAUUAGUGUAGUCCAAGUUUUUUAGAUGAACUUAGUGAUUAAGUUUCGAUUUAUUUCAGUCACUUUACGAAAUCAAAUUGUCUUUUUAAAUUAUUUAUGUAAAUAAUAAUUACCUGUGAGAAUAAACUUAUACAUAUUAAAA